AUGGUCUGCGAAAAAGGUUUCAAAGUGUUUAAGACCAAUCAAAACAAAAUGACGCUUUUUUUAUAUCAACAGAGCCUACUCGUGAUCUUGCCCUCCAUGGAAAUAUAUCUGGGCUGUACUGACGUAGAACAGAACAUAGACUGUCUGAUGAUACUUUGUUGCUCGGUGCUCGGUGUGUUGAAGACGACACGGUUCUGCAUAUAUCCAAAUAGUUUAAUUAACAAUUACAAAUCUGCUGUGAACGAUUAUCUAACAAUUGUCAACACAAAAGAGCGUGACAUUAUGCGAAAACAUGCUUUUAUAGGAAGAUAUAUUUGCUGUUCUAUGGUGUGCGUUUCUUACUUUAGCUGUAUGAUAUAUGUAAUAAUUCCUUUGAUGAAUUAUGGCCAAGGUAAUCAGAAUGUAACAGACGAAGAUGCGAUAUUGAUGUAUCCUUUUCCAUCAAGAUGUGCUCUGGAAUAUUUAAAUUUUCCAAAGAGCAUAUAUAUAAUCACCAUACUCGCCGAAGAAGUAAUAAUGCUAGUGGGGGCUACCACUAAUCAAGGUAACAACGCGUUGUUUCUCAACAUUACAUUGCAUGUUUGUGGUCAAGUAAAUAUUCUGAGAAUCAAUUUCACCAACUUUGAUGUUACAAGUCCACGGAUUUACGAGCGUUUUAAUGCGCUAAUUCAAAGACAUCAAUACCUGAUAAGGCUAGCCAGAGAACUAGCUGAUUUGAUUAGUUUCAUAUUAUUGAUAGAAUUAUUUAUUAUCAGCAUAUUAUUGUGUAUAAUGGGAUUUCAGUUCACCCUCGCGUUGAAAGUCAAUGACACCUUUAUGGUCGGAAAGAGUUUAAUGGUACUGAGUGCCUUCCUGACACAACUAACGCUAUAUAGUGCAAUUGGAAAUUAUCUGAGAUCAGAAAUGGAAGAAAUAGGGCUCUCUAUUUAUCAAAGUACUUGGUAUAGUUAUCCUAAAGAAAUAACAAAAAACGUAAUCUAUAUUCUUAUGCAGACAAAAUCUCCAACUGCAUUGGAGGCUGGGAAUUUUGUCAUAGUUAAUUUAUCAACUUAUAUGAGUAUUUUAAAAACCUCAUUUUCUUAUUUGUCUGUACUUCGUAUAAUGAUCGAAGUAUAA